AUGUACGGUCAUGGAGACUACGGCAAGGAAACGAAAGAUGUUGGGGAGCCUAUCAGCAAUGUUAUUCCUCUGGAUCUCGAAUACGCCUGUCUCAACUGGGUGCGCCACCUAGAAAGCUCUCAACAGUGUGUUGAAUACAUCGACGAGGAAGACAGGAGCAAGGUUUUACUUCACCAAAUGUCGAGUGUUGUCGAAGAGGUCCAGACAUGGCUUGAAGAGCAUUUACUCCACUGGAUUGAGGCUCUAUCUCUACUGGGCAGACUGUCAGAUGGUAUAUCAUCCAUCAGACAGCUUCGGUUUAUACUCCAGUCGAGCUUUGAUGCCGAUCCCGACUUCGAUGCAUUCUUGGCCGACGCCGAAAGAUUUGCUUUGAGCUACGGAUUUAUUAUCGAACGGUUUCCCUUGCAGAUCUACAGCGCAGCGCUUACGUUCUGCCCGACAGACAGCGAGAUGAACAGGAGACUUGGAGCGGAGAGGUACUCGGAUAUCCCGAUCUUGAGAGGCGCUAGAAUUGGAUGGGAUCAUUGUUUGUACACGCUCAAGGGUCAUGGGGCCUCAGUUAAUGCAGUCGCCUACUCAUCCAGACACAAAGUACUGGCAUCUGCCUCAAGCGACAGAACCAUAAGGCUCUGGGAUGAUGUUGCAGGGGCUCACAAACGCACCCUCCAGGGCCACAGCGGCUACGUGUUAGAUGUAGCCUUCUCUCCUGACGGUAACACGCUCGCGUCAGCUUCUAGCGAUGGGACCGUAUGGAUCUGGGGUGUUGAUAAAGGCAGCCAUAUAAGGACGCUCGAGGGCCACAGUAGCUGGGUCAACUCUGUGGCCUUCUUAAGUGACAGUACACUCGCGUCAGCUUCGAGCGAUGGGACCGUGCGGCUCUGGGACAUUAGUGAAGGCAUUUGCAAAGAUACAGACAAGUCUCAUAAUGGCCCAGUAAACUCGGUGGCCUCCGCGCGCAAUGGAAUGGUGCUUGCAUCGGGCUCGUCUGAUCGGACAGUCCACGUCUGGAACUUCGCAAAGGAACCCUACAACCAAGAGAUACUGUCCCACGAUGGUCCUGUCACCGCCGUAUCCUUCUCGCCAGACGGUGAUUUACUUGCAUCAGCUUCAGGUAAUUGGACCGUGCGAGUCUGGCACGCAGAUACACGCUCUCAGGUACGGACGCUAGAGGGCUACCGCAGCGUGGUCAACUCUGUAACAUUCAUAAACAGCGAUAAACUUGCAAUAAUUCCGAGGGAUGGGACGCUACGGAUAUGGGAGCCCUACAAUAAUCACAUGCAGAAGCUCGAGGGCCGUGGUGGCUGGCUCAAUUCCACUGUCUUCUUAGCUGAGCGCAAUGUACUCGUAGCAGCUUCGAGUGAUCGGACGCUACGAGUGUUGGACGGCAUCAUAGGGGGCGCUGAGAAGAUGUGUGGUCAUGAUGGUCCCGUUAACGCUGUCGUCUUCUCUCCUGACGGAACGUGGCUCGCGUCAACUUCAAGCGAUUGGACCGUACGGCUCUGGAAUGCCGGUCAAGGUACUUGCGUGCGGACAAUUCACCACCAAAAACGUAUCACAGAAGACCAAAGGACAAUUGAUAACUACAGCUGCUAUAUUCUGUCCAUCGCUUUUUCACCUAACGGCAAGAUAAUUGCGUCAGGUUGUAGCGAUUGGAGUAUACGGCUUUGGGACGUCGACAAAGGCACUCUCAUAAAAACACUUACAUACAAGAAUCCACCCCCUAAACCCCCCAACCCCUCUACCCCCCUUACUGGAAAAGCAUUGACACCUGAAGACCAGGGCCGUUUCGUCUUGGCUAUCGCUUUCUCGCCUGAUGGGAUGAUGAUUGCUUCAGGUUCGAGUGAUUGGAGGGUACGGCUUUGGAACACCUUUGACAAAUAUACCUUUGCCUUGGCAACGCUUGAAGGCCAUCGUAAUUGGGUAAGAGCUGUUGCAUUUUCAACAGACGGGAAGUUGCUCGCAUCGGCUUCGACCGACGGAAUGCUGUGGCUCUGGGAUGUCGAGAAAAGGAACAAUGGAACGUCGAUCUACGAGGAUUCGGCAUCGAACAUUUUAAGGGAACGGUGUUGUGACGUCAAUGAAAGCACCCAUCAACAAGAUUGGGUCAGAACCGUCGCCUUCUCUCCAGACGGCAAGGAGCUUGCGUGGGCUCUGACCGACGGCACGGUAUCUUUUCUGCCACUAGACUUCGAUCAAGUCAGAAGCAUGAGGGCAUGCGACUCCCUGGCCGUCGCAUUCUCACUUGAUGAAUAUCCCAGCGUCGCAUAUCACUAUGUCUACAGGAAGUUGCGAGACUACUUAAGGAAACAUCUCGAGCAAGUUGUCGGCAAAUCGAAGGCUCGUACUGGUGAAGAGUUGCUCACUUUCUACAAUCAAGAAUGGUCACGCUAUAUCGAAGCUGCCAAGUAUACAAACAAUCUACUCCAGUAUCUCCAACGGACUUUAAUAGAGCAAAAUAUUGAUAAAAGCACGGAAGGAAUCUACGAUGUCUACACCCUUUACCUUAUCCAAUGGCAGUUCGUAAUACUCGGUAGUAUUUCCGGGAAGAUCAUCGAGGUUGUCUUGAAGUUGAUUGAAAGGGGGCGAAACGGCGAGAUCAUCGAGAAUGGUAUAAUCAAGCGCGUAGUUGAAUCAUUUAUUUCACUGGGUAUUGAUCCCGAUGACCCGUCUUUGACAACUCUUUGGACCUAUCGAUUCUAUUUCGAGAAACAGUUCUUGGAAGCAACCAAGCAGUAUUACCGCAAGACGAGCAAACACUACCUCGCAGAGAAGGGUGUUGUCGAAUAUAUGAGGUGGGCCGAGCUACGCCUGGAUGAAGAGGACGAAUUAUUGCGGAUCUGUCUCCAUUACGACACUACAGGUCCGUUGAGGGAUGCCUGUACCCAAGUUCUUGUGACGGAGCAUUCCGAAGUUCUGGAAAAAAACUUCCAGUCCCUGCUUGAUGACGGCCGUGAGGAGGACAUGGCUCGUACCGUCAAUUUUCUCGCACACGUGCCAUUUGGCCUAGCUCCUUUACGCUUGCAGUUCGAGACUCGGCUGCGAAAAGCGGGCUUGGCCGCCGUUGUCAAGAUCUCGAAACUGGAGCCUAAGAUCUACGUUGGUCCUGUUUGCACCCAAUAUCACGAUCUUGUCAGGUGGGCUUCGAAUGAAGAUAUGCAGUGGACGAGAUCAUCGAACGACGUUUGCAGAGAACUUAUCAGCCAGCACGACGACUGCGAAAUGGAAUCUGACGGGUUUUCUGAGCCAUUUUCCGAAUAUAAUACUGAACUCACCGAGGCAGAAGGCCCAACGGAUGUCAUUUCCAUUACUGAAGAUUGGAUAGCUCGAGAUGGAUGUAAUCUUUUGUGUCUUCCGCCAGAUUACAGGGCCACAUGUGCGGCGCGAUGGAACAACGUUCUUGUCCUCGGACAUAGGUCUGGUCGAGUGUCAUUCUUCCAAUUGCCAUGA